CAAGACAUCCAACAUAGAAUGCCCACUCAGAUCACACCCUGAUGUGUGUGUGACACCAACGUUGAGGAAGAUGGUCUUGAUCGCACUGUUGGGCCGGGCCCAUCCCCGCCGAAAGCGCAGGUAUGUGUGGGUCCAGAGAUGGUUAAAGUCCCGAAAGCAGGCAGGGGAGUUCCACUGUCUAAUUCAGGAGCUUCGACUGUUUUGAGAGGAAGUUACUUUUGUCUGGACCGAAGCCAGUUCGAUCACCUGCUUCAGAUGGUUGGAGCCAGGAUCACCCGGAUGGAUAACAACUACCGGGAGUCCAUCAGCCCAGUUGAACGCCUGGCGAUUUGUCUCCGAUUCUUGGCGACAGGGGACUCCUACAGGACCAUAGGAUUCACCUUCCGAGUUGGACGGUACACGGUGGCAGGCAUUGUCCCCUCUGUGGCACACGCCAUUUGGGACUGUCUGGUUGGUGAAAACAUGCCUGUCCCCAAGGAGGAAGACUGGAGGGCCAUCGCUGCCGAGUUCCUGGAGAGGUGGAAUUUCCCCAAUUGUCUUUGCUCCAUUGACGGGAAACAUGUAGUAAUCCAGGCUCCACCGUGCUCAGGUUCGCAAUUCUACAACUACAAGGAUACAUAUUCAGUUGUACUCUUGGCUAUAGUAGAUGCCAUCUACUGUUUCCGUGUUUUCGAUGUUGGUGCUUACGGCAAGGGAAGUGAUGGCGUGACCCUCCGAGACUGCCUUUGGCCAGGCACUUCAGGAUGGCACCCUGGAUAUUCCACCACCUGCAUCACUCCCUGGGGCUGAAGACCUGGGACCUGUUCCCCACGUCUUUGUCGGCGAUGAGGCCUUCCCUUUAAGACCCAACCUCAUGAGGCCCUACGCUGGAUGUUUUUACUUUCAUCUUGUCUUAGAUCAGCAAAGGUCUAAAUUAGAUAUUAAUAAACAACUGAAACAGCUGACUAUGAAAACAUUAUAAUGUAUUAAGUAUUCAAGUACAGGAAAGAA